UUCUUUCUUGUCAGGUCGCGACCCUAACUAGAGAACCCUUUGACUUUAAGACUUCAAACUUGGAACAUAAGGAGAUGGUAUGGAGGAGGGGUGCCCGCUCCCAAAACUUUUGACUUUGACCCACUUAUAAAGUCAAGGUUUUGGUGAACCGCCAGCGUAUUAUAUAGAUCUACUUUCAUCAACUACAAGCGUCGUGGCUUUAUACAGAAUGAGCUGUUUUGGCGAACUAGAAAACAUACAAUGUUAGCAGUUGAACGAUCCCACUGUGAACAAGAGUUGCAAACUUUAUCUGCAUUUAUUGGGGAAAAGAUGUUCUCGUCUGAUUCCACAUUUGAAAAAACAUUGAAAAUGUUAGACCACAACAUCGGGAGCUUCCCUCGCAUUCAGUACCUACAUAAAAUGAUAAGACUUUCACUAAAAAAUGUUGAAAUAGGGUGUUGGGAGGAGUUUGAUGGCAUCCUAUCUCAGUAUCCAGUGGUCAGAAUAUACGUACCUUCACACACCACAAAGGAGGAAGAAAGGCUCAUUUCCAAAUCACAUGUUACAGGAAGAAAAUAUCCCAUAGACACCGACGCUGUACAAUGGCCAGAUUCAGUUUUGAUAUAUUUUCAAGUGGGUAUGGAGAGCAUUGAUGAUAUCAAACAGAAAAUACAGAACUUGGAACAUGUACGCUGGAAACACGUGUUAAUCGUAGUUAAAGAAAAAGUUAAACAUGUCUUCCACAAGGGUACGCACGAUAGGUAUUCCAUUACUACCGUUGAAGAAAACAAGAAAGCUAUUCGAGAUGCACUGACCAAAUGUCUGGAAGAUCCAAUAUGUCGAUAUUUAGAGUACAUGUGGUCGGAAUUAUCAAAAGAGAAGGCUGAAAGUACAAAUUGCUUGAAGGCAAAAAUAAGAUCUUUACAGAAACUAUUGUCAUCAUAUACGGAAGACAACCCGGACAAAAUACCCGAGAGGAUUAAAGAAUAUUUACUCAAAAAUCAAGCAGUGCAGAGCUUUGGACUUUGGGAAGAAAAUGCUCUCCGAAUUAAUGUGAAAUCGGGAUUUCAGCAGGAAAACUUGGAAGAAAAGUUGUUGAAUCUUGAUCCACAAUACAUGAAGUCUCACAAGGUAGAAGUAUUAGAAGGGGAGAUCAAAUUUACACACUUUGCCAAACAAGGUGACAAACUGUAUCCUAAAGUAAACGACAAAAACGAUCAAAGCAGCUGCUCAUCCUCUUCUUUGGAUGGUGGUUCCGUAAACGAAUCGUGUUAUGGAACUCUUGGUGCUUUUAUGAAGGAAAAACGCGACCAACAGAAACUAUACGGUUUAUCUUGCCGUCAUGUGUUAAAUCAGAAAAACAAAAAGAUUUAUGGAAAAUUUGGAACAGAUGAAAACUUCUCCGAAUUAGGACAUACUAUUUAUCUUGCAGAAGACAGUUUUCAUGAUUUUGGUGUAUUUGAGGUGAAUCAAGAUCUGUGUGAUAAGUGUGAACACAUUUUCGUAAACGACGAUGACAAAGAAAGCAAUGCUGCUGUACACGUGAAAGAUGCCAUGGUAGAUACGAUAGUGCAUAAAAAAGGCGCUAAAACCGCUUGGACCACAGGUCGAAUCCAGAGUCCCGAGUUCUACUCAGACUUGUUUGGAAACCGAGACGAUGUUUUCCUUGUUGCAAGUUUGGGUGAUACUGAUUACUUUUCAGAAGAAGGUGAUAGUGGUUCAAUCGUGUUUACUCGCGAUAGAUCAUCCGAUCAGUCCUCUGUAUCUGUUCUUGGUAUGGUGUUUGGAGGUGUUGAUAGUUUAUAUGAAUCGCAGUGUCCUGAAAUAGAAAAAUCAACAGCGUGUUUUCGUUUCAAUGCCGCAUUGGAUAAACUGAAUAAAAGUGAAACUCUGAACCUUGAAUUUAUAUCAAAGGAUUCUAGCUCUUCCAAUGAUUUUGAUGAAAACGAAGGUGAAUGAUUUCAAUUACCAUGUAACAAAAUCGCAUUAUGUGAUAUUUAUAAUUUAUCUCAUACAUGUGGUGUAUAUUGAGAGUGAGAUAAAGCAUCAGCUUUAUCACACGCCCGUUUGAUAAAGCACUUCCGGUCCGAACUACUUUUGACACUGUCCCCGCUUGGAUGACAUAUUUUCUGUGUUUAUGCAUAUCCAUGCAUGAAAUAAAGCGUAAAACUUAUUAUUCUGUAUUUAUUUAGAAUUUCUUUUAUAGCAAAAUUAAA